AUGUCUGAAAGGCGUUCUACGUUUGACAAUCAAACAAAAUCCGAAGAUACCAGCCUCGAAGGAAUGUACAAGAGCACGUCCGACAUCGACGAGGAUCUCUUGGACGCAUUAGCGCUGUUGCACUCGACCGAGCGAGACAGUGCGGAGAAGCUUCGUCGGAUGCUGGACACCUGCAUCGAAAGAAAGCACGGCAUCGAAAAGACUUUGGCCGCCAGAAUGCCGAAACGAUUUUUGCAAAACGUCAACGAAUCCGCUCUUCCGAUUCAAUUCUCGAAGAGACACGACCACGUAGCGCAAGGACGUAGCGUGGUAAAAACCGAGAUUUGGAACGGCAAUCCUGAGAUCAUUUCUCUUCUCGAAGUUGACGAACCGGAGAGCAUCGAGAAUCAUCGGACGUCCGACGUAAAAGUGUUCGAGGUCGAUUAUUACGAGGAUUGCUGCGAGGACGGGAAAGACAUUCCCAGAAUUUCGAUUCCCGACGAAGGAUUCGCCGACGGGACUGUGUGCAAGGUCUGUAACGGCACAAAACUGGGAUCCCUGAUCUUGCUGGAGUGCCAGAAGCAUCAAGAAGCUUAUCAUCUGUUGUGUCAUCAGCCCCUGAUUAGCAACGUAGGGGCGUUUACGACCCUAGAUUCGUAUAGCGGUGCAGACGGUGCGUGGUGCGUUGAAACUCUGUAG